GUGACGUAAAGGGGGCGGGGCGAGGCGCGGUGUCUGCUUGCGGGGUUUCUGCCGGAACAGGAAACUUCCCGGUGGGGCGCAGGCGUGCGGCUAGCCUUGGACGCCCGCUCUGGGGGGCCGGCAGGUGUGCAGUGGGGGCGCCUGGCAAGUGAUGGGACCGUGCGCCAGCGCCCCGGGAUAGCGCGGGUGAGGCGACAGAGCCCCGCCCGGGCAGCCAUGGGGCUCCUUCGGCUCCUGGUCCUCGCGGUGCUGGCGUCCGAACCCCGCGUGGCCGGAGGAGCCGAGACCGUCGGGAAUUCCAGCGAGGGUCUUCUUGAAUUUUCCGUAGGGAAGUUUAGAUACUUCAUGCUCAACAGACCCUCUCCAGAGGAUGCCAUUUUGCGUCAUAUUUCCAGCAAUGCAUCUUUCCUUAUUUUCCAGAUACACUCACAGUAUCAGAAUACAACAAUUUCUUUUACUAAGACUGUCCUUCACAAUACCUCAGGAACAGGCACUGACAAAGGACUGGUUUUCAUUCUUAGACCAGAGCAGAGUAUGUGCACUUGGCACUUGGAGACUUUAGACGCUGAGCCUGUCCAAAACAUGGCCAUCCCACUCUCCUAUUCAGAAAGAGAUCCUGUCCCUGGAGGCUGUAAUUUGGAGUUUGAUUUAGAUAUUGAUCCCAACAUUUACUUGGAAUAUAAUUUCUUUGAAACAACUAUUAAAUUUGCCCCAGCAAACCUAGGCUAUGCAAGAGGCACAAAUCCUCUGCCGUGUGACAUUGGGACGGGCCGGGACUCUAGGUGGAGGUUGCUGUAUGAUGUCUAUCAGUAUUUUCUGCCCGAGAAUGACCUCAGCCAGGAGGGUUUGCUAAAGCAUCUGCAGAGGAUGGCAGAGGUGCCUCAGGUGAAGGCCAAUGCAAUCAAGGUGGUUACCCUAACAGCUAAUGAUAAGCCAAGCGUUUCCUUUUCCUCUCUCCGAGGACAAGGUGUCAUUUAUAAUGUCAUUGUUCGGGAUCCACUUCUCAAUACAUCUGCCGCAUAUGUUCCUGUUCACACGUACGCUUGCCACUUUGAGGCCAAGGAGGGUAAUUGUUCUUCCCUUGGAAGAGUAUCAACCAAAGUGUUCUUCACCCUUUUUGCCCUGCUUGGUCUCUUCAUUUGUUUUUUUGGACACAGAUUCUGGAAAACAGAAUUAUUUUUCAUAGGCUUUAUCUUCACGGGUUUCUUCUUCUACAUACCAGUUACAAGACUGACACUUCUUACGUAUGAUGUUCGUCUGAUUUUGACAGCCGUCGCUGGAAGCGUUGGUGGGAUUCUCCUGGUAGCUGCUUGGUGGCGAUUUGGAAUCCUCCUGAUUUGCAUGCUGUGUGUUGGAUUAGAGCUGGGCUUCCUCAUCUCCUCAGUGACGUUCUUUGCCCUGCUGGGAAACUUGAAGAUUUUUCAAGACGAUGGUGUGUUCUGGGUGACCUUCUCUUGUAUAGCUGUUAUCAUUCCAGUAGUUUUCAUGGGCUGCCUAAGAAUACUGAACAUACUGACUUGUGGAUUUGUUGGCUCCUACUUGGUGGUGUUGGCCUUUGACAGUUACUUGUACACAAGCCUUUCUUACAUCACUUUGAAUAUACUCAAGAGAGCACUCCACGAGGACUUCCACAGAGCUUUCACAAAUGUGCCUUUUCAAACUAAUGACUUUAUUAUCCUGGCAGUAUGGGGGAUGCUUGCCGUAAGUGGAGUGACGUUACAGAUGCGAAGAGAAAGAGGGCAGCCAUUUUUUCCUGCCCACCCGUACAAGUUAUGGAAGCGAGAGAGGGAGCGCAGAGUAACGAACGUUCUGGACCCUAGCUACCACAUCCCUCCAUUGAGAGAGAGGCUCUACUGCCGACUAACCCAGAUCAAAGAACUCUUCCGGAAGGAACAGUCAGCUGGAGAGAGAACACCCCUGCUUCUGUAGAUGCCAAAAGGCUUGGUCAGUGUGAUCUUGAAGUACAAGUCAAGCGUUGCCCCAGCUUUGGUGUGUAUGCCCAGUCUGCUUCAGCCAUCUCCAGUGCAAAUCUGAGAAGAAAGUAGGCUUUUGUAUCUAUCUGUGCUUUGUACUAUAUUGUGGUGUCCUUAUUGAUAUAUUAUCAAAAGGUACCCUUCUUUCGUUUAUUUUUAACUGUGGUAAAAUUACACAUUUACUGUAUCAAUCAUAAAGUGUAUAGUUCAGUAGGCACUUUGUUUUUGCCUCUUACUGCUUAAAAUGCUAAUUUAAAUAUUAAAUUAUGUCAGUUAAUUGAAAACAGGUCAACUUAUAUAGAUAAUAAAACUUUGAUAUGGAUAUAAUGGCCUCCUUUUUUCCUUUAAAGCCCUUAAAGGAAUGUUGACAUCUCAUUUCCAAUUUAAAGUGCAUUAGAAUUGUUUCUUAGGAAACCAGUUGGCUCCUACCCCAAUCUGUAGUCCCAUAAGUAAGGAAACCUUCUAAAAUUUGCAUUUUGUAGUUCUUUCUACUAAAUUGGUGGGUAUUAGCAUUGAUGUCAAAUACAGGUUUCAAAAAUUUUCUUUUAUGUACUUUGUACCAUCUGUGUUUUAGUGAUGAGGAGGGAGUCAAAAAGGAGUCAUGUAAUUUAAAGGAGCUGCUUUGAAUUAGGACCUUGGAUUCUGUAAGGAAAGUCCUUUCAGUUUUGACCCUUUUCCUCCAUAAGCGAGCCCGUGGAUGCCCUGCACUGCAUACUCACUCCUCAUGGCCUUUUGUCUUAACUGUCAGAGAGGCUGCCUUUGGUUCUGCUGUGGAUUGUAAGCUGGGGACUGUGGCAUGCCUGAGUCAUAGUGACGGUGCUUGUUGUUGGUUGCAUAUAUAUCUGUGAGU